AGUUUUAAUAUAUUGAAGGAUGAAAUUUAAUUUAUAUUUUAAAAGUAAAAAAAAAAAUAAUAAGAAAUAAAAAAAAAUCCAGCAAGUGUGAUCCUGUGAGCGGAAGAAAAAACCAGGUCAUCACGUCAUCGUUGUGACAACCGGAUACAAUAAAUAGAAAUUCAACCUGGUUAAAUUAUUAUUAAUAUUAUUUAACUUUUAUUAUAAUAUAACGCAAAUAAUGUGUUAGGAUGAACAUCCAAAGAAAAUGUAUAUUGUUAUUAAUUUUUAUAAUAUCAACGACAAUAACAACAGUAUUGUGUAAAUUCAAGCAAAAAAAUGAAUUUAUACAAGAUGAAAAAAUUGGUAACUUACAUCGGCGACGUAUUCGAACCAUCAAAGAUGAAACUUCAAAUCACUCCAAUAAUGGUCAAGAUAAAAUUCCUGGAGUUAUAUCACUUGACGAGAUGACACCUUUACAACAGAAUAAUUUUACGGGAAAUAAUUUAUCCGAAAUAAUAUCAACAACAAAUUUAACAGGAAAAUUAUUACAACUAAAACAAAUUCACUACAACGAAAAAAUUAAUUAUACAAUCAAUAAUAGUAGCAGUAUAAUAUAUGAUGAAGAUUAUAAAAAAAAUGAAACAUACGAUAAAAAUAAUGCAAAGGAUAUUAUAAAUAAUUUAAAUGGUACAUCAACAAUAUCAAUGCCAAUUUUUGAAACACUAGUAACAAACUUUUCACGUGCUCGUGCACUUGACAUACCAUCAUCUUCUUUAGAACCAACUAAUUCAUUAAGUGCCAAUUUAACAGAUCUAAGCGAUGUCAGCAUGGAUGAAAAUGACAAACAAAUUGAAGGUGGAGAGUAUAUUUUACAUAACAAUGAAACUAAUUUUAAAAUUUCACCAAUAAUAUUUUCAAGAGAACAAAAAUGCAUUGAACCAAACAAUAAAACAUAUCAGGUUGGCGAAAUAAUUAUUAGAGGAUGCUCAGAAAAGUGUAUUUGUGGUAAAAAUGGUACUGUUGAUGAUUGUCAACCAAUUUACUGUGAAAAUCCUUUGGUUAAAGCCAUUGGUAAAAGUCAAGAUCCUUUUUGUCAUAAACAAAAAAUUCAUGAUAAUGAAUGUUGUGCAAUUUUAGUUUGUUCUUCUAUUAAUAAUAAUAAUAACAACAACAACAACAACAACAAUCCCAAUUAUCAGUCAACAGGUACUUGUAAUUUUAUUGGUAAUGACAACGUUAAUAAAACAAUUGAUAUUGGACAGCAUAUAGAAGACGGUUGUACCAGGAUAUGUACUUGUGAAACUGGUGGCAUAUUAAAUUGUAAACCCAGAUGUCCAUUAUUAAAUGCUAAUAAUUACAAUGACAAUGACAAUGAUGACGAUGAAAAAAAGAAUAAAUCAAAUUUACAAAAUAGUGACAAUAAUGACCGAUGUGUAAAGCUUGAAGAUCCUAGAGAUUCUUGUUGUACUAUUACUUACUGCGAUGUAAGUAUUGGUGAGCACGAGCUAAUGGCUUCAACAGACGCUACACCCUCAGCUACAACCAUUAAAUCAUUAAAAAACAAAACUGACGAAAUUUUAACAAAUAUUUAUAUGAAUAAUGACCAGAUUAAAAUUUUAAAUUCAACAGCAAUAAAAAUUUUAUUACCAACAGAAUUAAUUAAUAUUAACAAAACUAUAGUUGAAGUAUCUAAAAAUAAUUACAUAUGGAAACGAAAAAAUUUUAAUAAAGAAGGUAUAAUAGCUAAUUUAGAACCUUCAUCAGUUUACUACAUUCGAAUAAAAACACAAGACAAAAACAACAAGACAAUAUCAACAAUUAGUGUAGUAACAUUACCAUCAUCUUCAUCAUUACCACAAAUUAACAUAUUGAAAAAUAAAAUUACAAACAAUUCAACUACUAUAAAAAUAGAUAGUAAAGAUUCAUGUAGCUAUAGGGGUAAAUUAUAUCAAAUUGGUUCUGAAUGGUAUGAUGAGUGUAUUAAUUUUUGUGUUUGCGAAAAAGGCCCAAAAACACAAUGCGUCACAAUAGAAUGUCCCACUGAUUUUGGCUUAGAUGUUUUAGACCCUAAUUGCUUAGACUGGGAAACUGUACCAUUUAAUUUUGUUCCCAAAGCACCUCAAUGUUGUCCCGAAGAAGUAAGAUGUCGCAAUAAUGGAUCUUGUAAUUACGAAGGCGUAGUUUAUGACAAUUGGAAUGAAAUUCCAAAUAAUAUCACUGGUUGCGAUAAAAGAUGUUAUUGUGAAAUGGGAAAUAUUUCGUGUCAACCAGCAUGUCCUCCGGUUCCAGCUCUACCACCCGAUACUUUAUCAUGUUCUUCAAAUCAAGCUAUACUCACUAAAUUACCAGAUGAUGAGUGUUGCUUACAUUGGAUUUGCGGCAGCCAAGUCAACAAUAACGAAAAUUAUAAUACUUUUAUGCCAGAAACUAAUAGUACGGUAUUUGUAGAUGAAACAGUAUCUUCAAUUGGUUCCCUAAUGAGCGGCAAUAAUGUUGCGAAUGGCAUGAAAAAAAAUUGGCAAUCUUUUAUAACUGCCGAUGAAAAUUAUAAAAAAAUAAAUCAAAAUAAUAAAACUAUACCAUUAUCAAACUUAACUUCAACAAAAGACAUAUUUAACAAGAAAAAUAAUAACAAUAAUGAUAAUAGUCAUAAUAACUCCGAUAUUGUUAAUAAUUUUAGUUUUGUCGAUAGUACUACAAAACCAAUUAUAUCCAGUUACAAUGGUCCUUAUAAUCCAAAUUAUAAAUUAUCUGGAUCAUCAGCUAGCAUUGACGUUAACAGUAAUAAUGACAAUAAUAAUAAUAAUAAUGUCAAAGAUAAAUUUUUUAAGUCUAAAUUGAAUGAAGCAAAAAAAAUAAUUGACCCAACAAAGUCUUCUUAUCACAACAAUAAAGUUACAACUCAAUCAUUUCCAGGCCCUUUGUCACCCGAUAGACUUCCUUCAUCAUUGGCAUCAAAAGAUUAUUUUUCUAUUACUAUUAAUCCUAUGGUAGUAAUUAAUAAUAGCAAUAAUAUCGAUAAUAAAACACAAUUUUAUCAAAAUAACGGAGAUAAAAUUUCUUCUUCAAAUAAAUUUAAUAAAAAUAAAUUUAUCAACAUUGAUGGUUUUAAUAAACAAGUUACAGUGCCAUCAACUGGAGAUAAUUAUUCAUCACUAUUAGAGUCAUCUACUAAAUCAGAAAUACCAUCAAUACCAUCAAUAAAUUUCGAUAAAAUAAAAUUUGAUAAAAAUAAAUUUUCACCAUCAGAUAAAUUAAAUCACCUGACAAAUUUUAAUUAUCCAGAAUUAUCCCAAGAUACAAAACAACAUUAUGAUACAUCACUGUCGUCAUCAUUACUUCCACAACAAGAAAUAAAUAAAAAUGAUAAAUUUUUAAAACCGGAAAUAAAAGCACAAAAAAAUGAAAAUGGUGAAAUAACCAGCUAUCAUAUUCAUACUCCACAUAUACCGAGCUCACCUCAACAAAUUGAGGAAUUACUUGCCCAUAUAACUCAACAUGAUUCUCAUGUUAAUUCUUUCCAUAUUUAUCCAACAACAUCAUCAUCAUCACCGCCCUUAUCAUUACCAUCAUCAUCUUCAUCAUCAUUGUCAUCUCUAUUGACGAAUUUAAAUCAUCCGUUUGUUGGCAUUGGGGGACCUAUUAAAUCAGAUUUACCAGACACGUCAUCAGGACAUAUUUACUCUUCUCUCGGUUUUCCAUUACACGGUGAUGGUGUUGCAGCUAGUGAAUAUUUAAAUAAAGUUUCUGGACAAUUAUCAUCCUCAUUUAAUAAUGAAAUAAUUAUAAAAUCUUUGGAUGCAAUUGAUGAUUCAACAAUAAGAAUACUAUUUACAGUACCAUCUGUUCUAGUUGGACUUUUUGGGCGUGUUGAACUACGUUACACAAAUGAAAUAAUGAAUUCGGAUCUAUCGACAUGGAAAUCACAAAUAUUUAUACCUCCAAAUGAUUUGAUUGCAACACCACAAUUGGAAUUUGAACUUGAUGGUCUAGAACCUUCAACCGAAUAUAAAUUAAAAGUAACUGUUAUUCUUCGAAACGAUCAAAUAAAUAAUAAUAAUAAUAAUAAUAAUAAUCCAACCAGCAAAAUUUAUAGUGUUAAAACACUUGAUCGUUAUACAGAUAAUAAAAAUAAACACACAUUGAUUAAGGGAACAACAGAAUCAACAAAAAUUAUGACUACAGAAAUUUCUUCACCACCUCAAAUUUUUAUUGACGCUGGUCUUAAAGUUAUUGAAACAAAUUUUAGCUGGAUUAAAGUUGAAUGGAAGAAAUUUACAGAAUUUGAAAUUAAAUUUAUCGAUGGUAUACAAUUGAGAUACAAAGAAUAUGAUAGCAAAGUUUAUACGACAACACCACUAAUUCAUCGUGCUGUUACAAGCUGGAUAAUUGAGGGAUUAAAACCAGCUACUACAUAUCAAAUUGGUAUAUCAAUUAUUCCUUUUCCUGGUCAAACAACUGAACUUUACAGUGAAAAAACGAUUCAAAUUACGACAUCUAUUGAGCCUGAUCCUUAUUCUUUUGACGUUAAAGUUGAAAUAAAAAUGAUUAAAUCACAGGAAAUUGAAUUAUCAUGGAGUGGAGUACCAUAUCCCGAAGAUAAAUAUGUUAACAUAUACCGUGCAAUUUAUCAAAGUGAUAGUGGAAAGGGUGAUACUAGUACUUUUAAAAUAGCUAAAAGAGAUUCUCCAGCUAAAACUAUAAUAAGUGAUUUAAAGCCUGGAACAAGAUAUAGAUUGUGGCUUGAAAUUUACUUAACUAAUGGAAAAAUAAAGAAAAGUAAUGUUCAAGAUUUUAUAACUAAGCCAGGUAUUGAUUUAUUACAUACCGCAAGCACUGGUAAUAUUUAUCAAUCGGGUAAAUACGGUAUCACUGCCUCAGCAGCAGCUGUAUCAAUUCCAUCAUCACACCAAGAAAAUAAUAAUAAUAAUAAUCACAAUAGUAAAAUUAUUAAUAACAAUCUUAACAACAUUAAUGAUAAUAAUAAUAAUAAUAAUAAUAAUUAUUACGGGCCUCUAGUCAUUGUUGCUAUUGUUGCUUCUCUUGCUAUACUCUCAACAUUGAUAUUACUUAUGAUGCUUAUGAAGAGAAGAUCAAGUAAUAAAGCUGAAAUUUCGUCUUCUCGUAAAACAACUGCAUCUGCAGCAUAUGAUAAUCCAUCCUACAAAGUAGAAAUACAACAGGAAACUAUGGAUUUGUAAAAUUAAUUAUACUGUACAUCAACGACAGCAAAAAACUAUUUCUUUUAUAUAAUAUCACAGCCAUUUACAAUAUAGUAUUAACAAUAAAUGAAUAGAUAAUAUAUAAAUAAUGAUGUACAACAACAACAACAACAACAACAAAAAAAAAUAAUCCAUACCUUAUCAUUGGGAUAUUACGGUGUUUGUGACCACUUCCAUUACACGCAAUAGAACUGCAAUAUUGGUGCUAAUUUUAAUUAAACGGUUAAAAUAAAUCAGUUCUUGUAUAAUAUGUUAUUAGUACAAUCAACGAAUUAUUUUCAAGUAAUUAAUAACAAUAACCAACUGAUUUAUAU